GUGUCAACGUGUUUUGUUUUCAUUCUAAGCUAUUUUUUUCAAUUUUUCUGGUCUAUUUAUUUCAUUAAUCUUAUAUUAAAACAUUUCCUUCUAAGGCAUUUCAUCGUCAUAACUGAAAAAAUACUUAUUAAACAAUGACGUUUAUACCCAACUGGGAAGAAUUUGAGAGGUCUGCUGAGAUGUUGUACCUACGUGAUCCAAUAAACACUAGAUAUAGUAUGAAGUAUUCACACUCCAAGGGUGUAUUUCUUGUGAAAAUAACCGAUAAUAAAAAGUGUCUACAAUACAAAACAGAGGUGCAACAAGAUGUGAGAAAAGUUGAUAAGUUUAUCUCCAAUCUCAUAAGGCAUAUGGCUUCUAAUGAUAAUUAGUGAAAUGUUAAUAAAGUAAUUUUUAUGUUUAA